GAUUCAUAAUCUGAAUUUUAUCCUCUUCCUAUACAUUCUUUCCAUUACUCUUGUCAUUUUGUAUCUCUUUUGUUGGGCUUUUCCUGAUCACAGUUUGAAAAUCCUCAUCCACUUUUGCUUUCCCUCUAUCAUUCCUGGCACCUUUUUCUGAGGUGGUGAUUCUUUUUCUUGCCAAGCCUUGAUUAUGUAACUCUGCAUUCCUCUGUACCAUGCCCAAACCCCUUGCAAUUGAGGCAUUUCACUGGCUUCCACUCAUACAACACUUUCUGCUCUUGUAAAUCACCAUGUUCAUCCUCAAACUAAAUUUCAUUUUUCAACUUCUCCUGGAUAUCAACCUCCACCAAAAUUCUAGCAUAUCCAGUUCUGAGUUUGCUAGCUGUCAUCUCAUCCAUCUCUAUUGGUAUAGCAAUCUGACUAGCAUACUUAAAGUUGUUGGAUUCCAAUAUCUCAAUUUAAGCUUGGGAAACUGGAUCCAUACUGGUACCUUUCUGAUCUCCUUCAUGUUAAUCUCCUCAUUCACUGCCCAAUCCUUUACCACCAGAGGUCUCUGAUCAAACUGAUAGACUUUCUGUUCUAGAACCACCUCUUUUGCUGACAUCAUUGUAAAUCUAACAAUAUACACACCAGUCUCUAACAACAAUACCUUUUCAACUCCCAAUUUCCCCCAAAUUCUGCGAAGGAAUCCAUUCACAACUGCAAAUGGAGGAUUCGCCCCCAAAACACAGCAUAGAAUUGAUUGCUUCCAGCAGUCAAUUUCCUGCUGAAUUUCAUCUUUUGUGACCUUGGUAAUACAUCGAUUGUUCUGGAUUUCAGGUUCAAUGAACUUUAAUUUUCUUUCUUGACCUCGAAGCUUCUUCAAACAAAAAUCAGGCCAUACAUUCCCUUCCUUAGGUUUAGAUUCAUCAUUAUCCUUAGCAUCAUGUUUUACUUUUGAUUCUAAACCGUUAUCAGCAUCUACGAUCUUCUGAUUACUCAAUUUUUCAAGCAAUAAAUGCGAUUCAGACAGUGUAUUUAAUGCCAAAUCAGGUUUUCGAACUUGACUUGAGCUGGCUCGAUUUGGUGUCUGAUCCAUUUCCCUUUGCUCUUUCCCUGCCAAUUGUUGUUCUUGUUGCUCUCCCCCAGCUGAUCCUCCUUGCUUCUUCGCCUUUUUUGCCAUGGCAAUGCUGAUUGCGUCGGGAAAAGUAGCCGGUUCGAAAAACAUGUAGUAAUGGUGUUUUCGAUAUAAAAAUCAUUACACGUUCUGGGUCAUUGACUUCCAAAUCCAGCCUAUAACAACAUAACAAAAUUCUCUAAAAUCAAAUCAAAUCGAAAAUUAAAAUGAGAUAAACUUUUUUCCCCGUUAAGAAAAGCAAUGAUAGCUGAUGACUUUUUACCUGGAAUAUAAGAAAACAAAUUAAUGGAUCCGUGGGCGGAAAAUAUUUUCUUAGUUCGUUAAAAUACGUCCAUAGUUCCUUCGCCGUAGCUACUAAUCAGAAGUGUUCGGGGCGGCUGGGGAGUGGGUCGGCGUCGGAGUGGAAUCAACGGAGGGGAUUGAAGUUGGCCUUGGCUAAUUUGAUGGACGUCUACAUGCACCCUUCUAAGGCCGAAAACAUUUCUGAAGCAAUUUCAGCGGAACCCAACUUUCAUCUCUUCAAGAUAAAUAAGAAGUUGUAGCAGUUGAAGCUCCAAAGAGAAAGCAACUUCCAGCUCCAAAUAAGCUAUAGCAUGGUUAAGGUGUCAUUUGUUCCUUUUCUCCGAUUGCUGAGAGAAAGCUGUGGAAUGAGUCAGGAAGCGCUGGUUUUUAGCUUCCCAUUCCCGUUUAUUAUUAUUAUUAUCAUCAUUUUUUUUUUUUGAAAAUAUAGACUUGUAAUUACAGUGUGCGUCAUUCUUUUAUUGAAAUCGUAAUUAAGUAUAAAUAAAUGGUGUAUAAUAUGCAUUUUUAGAUGAUAUAAUGGACAAUAAUUCCAGGAAGGAAGGAGUAGUUUGUACCGGAGUAUGUGGCAAAGUAGGUAUCAAUCAUCAUUAGUAGUUCUCAGUUGUAUAUGGCUUCGGGUUUCUUAAUUUCCAUUUCUCAUGCAGUGAAUGAGCAGAAAUUUACUGCUGUAGUGUGAUCUAAACUUCUGAACACGAAAGAUGGGUUCUGUUUAGCACUUGCAAUCUGUUGCCAUCCUUUUUGACUUAUGGUUCAUUCUGAAAUAAUCUAUUUCCAUUCAUCUGGACUCCGGAAGAUUGGAAGUUAUGUAUAAUCUAUUUCAGAGCAAGACUUUGUAAACUUCAUCCUUCUUGUCCAUGUUUUAACGAACACAAAUUUAUAGCGAAGGCAUCGUUUCCACUAUACACUGACUCACAUUUCCUAUGGCUGCAAUGAUUAAGAAGGGGAACAAGCAUGAUGACGGCCUGAUGAUAUUGAUCUAAACUGUGACAACCCAGUGAAGAAGUAUCUAGACCCUCUGGAUCAUGAAAAGAGAAGUCGAUGACUUUUUCAUUUGAGAAGCCACUCAUUGCUUUGGAUGAAAAGAUCAUAAAGCUACGUAGUGUUGUGGCAGAAAAUGGAUUACAAGAUUUCUUUGAUCAGGUCGAGCUUCUGGAAUCAAAGUAUGCUGAGUGGGAACUCCUUGAAGACCAAGCAGGCUAUGAUGAUGAUCCAACAAUUGUGACUGCUUUAGGGAGAAUUGAAGGUGAAUAUUACAUGUUCAUUGGUCAUCGGAAAGUUAGGAACACAGAAGAGGAUUUUGAGCAUAAUUUUGCAGUGCCAACUUCACAUGGCUACAAGAAGGCUUUGGGAAUGAUGAAAUAUGCUGAACAUUUUGGUUUGCCCAUUGUCAUUUUUGUUGGCACAACUGGUUCUUUUCCUGAUUUAAAAUCAGAGGAACUUGGUCAGGGUGCACAUUAUUUAAGGACUUUAUUUGGCUCGAAAGUUCCAAUUGUAACGAUAGUGACUGGUGAAGGUGGUCCAGGCGGUGCUCUUGCAAUCGCUUGUGUGAACAAAUUGCUAAUGCUGGAGAACUGUGCAUUUUAUGUUGAAAGUAUGGAUGCAAGCGCUACAAUACUGCAGAAAUUUUCUGCUGCAGCACUUAAGGCACCUGAAAAACUGAACAUUACCGCUCAAGAACAUUUUAGGCUAAGGAUUGCAGGUGGUGGCAUUCCGGAACCUCUUGGUGGCGCCCAUGCCAACCCCCAGAGGGCUUCUUCUUAUAUUAAAAAUGCACUUCUUAAGGCUAUGGAGGAAGUAAGAAGAUUAGAGACUGAGGAGUUGAUGCGCCAUCGUAUGCUCAAGUUUGGGGCGAUUGGAGAAAUAUGUUACAACAAAGGAGACGGUCAAGUGGAACAAGAAAAGAAACGCAAAAUGAAGCCAUCUGAUAUCAAUGUGCAAGAGACUGGUGAUAUAAAAUCGCAGAUUGAAGAACUCAAAAUCAAAAUCCUGAAAGCAGAGGGAACCUUUGAUCCAAUUAUGCUUCAUUGUGAUGAUCGUUGGUAUGAUAUGUGUUGGUACGUACACAACCAUAUUAUUUCGAGAAUAAUUUUGAGCACCUUCAAAGAGAUUUUUUAGUUUAAUUUAUGAGUUAAAAAAGAUACUAAUUUACGUUGAGUUUUGAAAGUUGUGUAAAAAUCUGAAAAGGCUAAUAAUACCACCAAAACUAUAGUUAGCUGCC